CAGCCCGUGGGUGCCACUCAAGAUGUCCCCUUUUGAUUCCUGGGGACUGUUCAUGGCCUUUCUCGCCCUGCUCUGCUGCCCAGGGUCUGGCAAGGAGGCGUUCGAGAAACCCACGUGGACGAAGCAGCUGGUGGUGGAGUCUGGAAGGUCCCAGGUGAUUAACUGUAGUGCCAGCUGUACUCAGCCUGAGAACAGUGGUCUGGAGACCACCGUCUCCAAGAAGCUCCUGAAAGAGGGGGCUCAGUGGAAGCUGUAUGAGGUCAAUGUCUCCCAGGACACCAUCCUCCUUUGCUAUUUCACCUGCUCCGGCAGGCAGGAGAUCAAGAGAUUCAACAUCAGCGUGUUCUCCCCUCCAAAGCAAGUGCUGCUGACGCUGCAGCCCACUUUUGUGACCGUAGGGACAUGGUUCACCAUCGAGUGCCGGGUGCCCUCUGUGGCCCCCUUUGAAACCCUCACCAUCACCCUGCUCCGUGGCAGUGAGAUUUUGUACAAUGAGACUCUAAGAGGGACCACACCGUCCCCCCAGGAGGCUAUAGUGACCCACAACACCACAGCCCUCAGGAAAGAUGGGCACCACAACUUCACCUGCCAGGCCAAGAUGGAUCUGCAGUCUCGCGGCGGACACCUCAUUCACAGAGUCUCAGAUCCCCAGGUGCUUGAGGUCUAUGAACCCUUUCAAGACAGCCAGAUGGCCAUCAUCAUCGCGGUCGUGUCCGUGCUGCUCUUCUUGUUUGUGGCAUCUGUCCUGCUCUGCUUUGUCUUGGGCGAGCACUGGCGCCAGAGGCGGACAGGUUCCUACAUGGUGCAAGCCGUUCAGAGGAGGCUGAGGUGCUACCAGGCACAGCUUGCAUGAGCAGAAGUGGCCACCACCACGGGCCACUGGAACUCAGCGUGGUUCCUUAGCGUUGUGGUCCAGCCCUGGCUGAAGGACUGUACCAAGCAGCAGCAAACGCUGGGGCCAUUUCCUUUGCUAGUCUGAAUAGAAACACCUGGACUUAA